AUGUCUAACAAAUACGAUUUCAGUACUUCAGAAAAAAUCAAAGAAAUUAGAAUGAAAAGAGAAAUGAUGGAAGAGAAACGUAAUAAGAAUUGGGUUCCUGCAUCUUUUUUACUUUAUGGACCUGGUGGAGUCGGAAAGACAAUUUUUGUUGAAAAGAUUUUUAAUAGAUAUUAUGAAAAAUCAAACGUGAAAAAUAAUGGAAAUAGUUGGUGGACUGAUUACAAAGGAGAAGAGGUUGUUUUGUUGGAUGAGUUUCAAACAAAAGUUGGUUGGGAAGAAUUGAUUUAUAUCUUAGAAAAAAGUAAUUGUGAAGUUGAAGAAAGACAUGGAAAUUUUAUUCCGUUUCUUGCGAAAUAUGUGUUUAUGACAAAUGUAAAAUCAUUUAAUGAUUUGUAUGAAGAUCAAUAUAACGAAGUAUUUGACGAUUUGUAUCAAUUGAUUGAUUACAUUAUCGAGUUUAAAAAUGAUGGAAAAAUUAAAGUUCAUAAGGGUGAUUCAGAAAAAUUUUUUAAUAUGGAAUGGGAUAUCAAGUUUAAGGAUGACAGUUUUAAUGAUAGAGAUAUUAUCAAAAAAGCAGAAGUUUUUAAUAAAGAUAUUAAUGGUAAAUAUUUUGAUAUUAGUGGAAAAGUUUAUUGGAGAUAUGACUUUUCAAAAGAAAAGAAAGAAUUUUUAAAGAGUAAAAUUUAA